AGUUUGUCGUCACUUAUCGUGUAUCCGUAAGGAUAUUGAUUUGAGUUUGAAGCUACCUAUAUGUAAUGUCUACGAAGGAUGUAGAAAUCGGUGCAGAUACUCCGAUUGACGAGUCGAAAUCCGGCUCUACAGCUGUGCAGUCUUUUAAUGCUGGUAAUGAUACGGCCACUGUUCCGAAAAGGAAUCCGAAAAACAGACCCAGACCUUGCCGAUACUUCAAUACGCCGAAAGGUUGCAAGCUCGGAGAUGCAUGUCCCUUCAGACAUACGAAAAAGCGUGUCGAUAAUGUACCCGAGGAAAAAGCACCAAGUUCUACCACUGCUCCUUCCGAACCCGCUACCUCUGUGCCCGUGAGCGCUCCGUCAAAUGGGAAUGUUCGCCCUGCUCGUAUUGUCCCUACCAAAAUAAUCAUAAGAAAAGAGCAAAAAGGUGAACAAGCGCAAUUGGAUGCAAAGAAGCAGGAUAUACAAUUUUUCAUGAAACGAUUCCCAAAAGCUGUCCAUAUGCAAAAUGAAGACGGAGACACAAUAGUUUUCAACUAUAAAAUCACUGAUCCGGAUUGGAUUUUUGAUGUGCGAACCAUAAAAUUUGGGAUCAAAAUGGAGACUGGACAUCCUGUAGAUGUGCCUGUUAUCAUGGUUCCUAGCGAAAAUAUCGCUUUGCCAGAAAUUCUGAAAUCUCACCUCGAAGCAGGUUGUAAUGAAGCUUUGAAGACGACUUACGCAAACUUUGAAACAAAGAACGCCUUUGAACCGGUUGGAAAGAUUUUCGUACGGUGGCUUGACCGAAAUAUGUUCGAACUUUUCGUAGCCGGUCUCAAGAAAACUAAACUAGUACAAGAAGCUGAAGCAGCUGGAAUUCGUUUGGUUGUGCCAAAUCCCGACGGUGAGCAACCUCAGAAAGAGCAAGAGGCUCCUGCUAUAACCCUUACGGGUGACCCUGACGAGGCGCCGUCUGAAGCUGAACUUGCUAACCUUAGCCUUACCGAUAAAGAACCCAUUCAGAACGACAAUGUAACCCAGAACCAUGCUCAAGCGGUCCCUCAACAGAGCACUCCAGAGAUCGAAGUAGCGCUGGUUUGGAGAGAUACAAGUUAA